AUGCCGGACGCUGAGCAGCGACAAGUGUCGCAAGAGGAAGGUCGCGGCGAUAAAGGCGACAGAUGUUUGCGUGCUGCGGCUGCAACAAGCUCACUGCCGAACAGCCCAGAAGACGCCCAUCUUGCAGCUCCAUCGCUUGGACCGCUGGUAACAGCACUGGUUGCACAGAAAUUGGAACACAUUCUUCGGGAAGAGAUUCCUCUCUGGGAUGCCAACUGCAGUGCCUUCGGGAGGCUGCAGACGCAAGAGGAGACCGACCAGGAUGCAUCUGUGCACAAGAAAGCCAAGAUUCACGGCCAGUUCCUAGCUCGCCUAGACAGUUAUUUCCAGGACAUAAGCAUUCAAACACACAUUGAGACAGCGGACAUUGCACGGCUCUUGCACGAUGAGGCUGCUCGGAGUGAUGAUGCGAAAGUAGUUGUUGAAAGGCUGCUCAAGUACACAGACUAUCAUGCUUUCGCAGAGCUUAUGCACCGACACUACUGGGUCACCGUCAAGGAGGUGCGCCUUUUCUGGGACAUCGAAAAUGUCGGGUGGGACGAGAUGCAACAGAACGGCCGAGAAGUUGUCAAAGCUCUACGUGAUUUUUUGGAUGCCCGGAACAUCGGUGGUUUUGCAGCGCAGAUGUGGGCAGUCGCUCCAACUUGGCGGUUUGCGGACAGUCCGCGCGUAGUUGACGAUUUGGAAGACUCUGCUAUACGAGCGGUGAACUGCAAAUCCAAGCCCGAAGCCGCGGAUCACGUGAUCAAGGGUGAGAUUGAAAAGGCUGCCUUGCUGUAUGGGAAGUACGAGAUUCCUGCGCAUACCGUAGUGUUUGUCCUGAUUACAUCGGACCAAGACUUCACCGAUGUCCUGCAGCGUCUCCAACACGCUGGGUAUAAGACAGUGUUGAUACACAAUGCCAAGCAGGGCAGCAGGCACGUUGACAUGAUGUCGCUGUAUGCAAGCCAUGCUUUUAGUUGGAAAGAGGUUUUGCCCCACAGCUUUGCGAACCCACGCAAAGCUGAGAAAAGCGACUGGCAGAGACUCAUCGACUGGGGUAGGGGCAGGGUGCAUCCGCCAGUUUGGGUGAGUGGGAGAGAGGAUGCAAGCGCGCAUCUCUGGCGAAUAGGCCUCCAGUUUGGCCGAGGCCGCAUUCCCAACGAGAUUUCUCUCUCUGAAGGAGAGACGAAAAAUGGGGCUGCCGAGGCCGCCCUGGAAUCUUUACACCGGCUCCUCGGGGAGCACUUCGAGGUGACCAGCCUCGAGCAGCGGGCUCUGCACACCCUGAUGUCCCAAGCUCAAGCACAGGUGUGA